AUGUCUAUAAAGGAAAUAUCAAUUUAAAUGUUUUUAUUUUUAAUUAAUUAUUUUUUAUGUCUAAUAUUAUAAUUAAUUGUUUAAUACAUUUAGUCAUCAAAAGUAUCUUUUAAUUAACAGUUGUGUCAAACAAAACAACUAAUCGACAAAUCAGUUGUUUUUUGUUUUCAUUAAUAUCUCUAUACCAGCGAUUGUCUGAUCAGACCAACAAAAAUGCAAACAGAGUUAUCAUCGACGACAGACAUCUUAGUGGACACGACUGGCGAUGAUUUGCAUCAACACAUGCGGUCGAUGUCAGACGAUGUGAUGAUUAUUAAACCCGAAGUGAAGACACAUCGACGGACAGCGUCUCUUAGGCAACGACUGGAAAACGCCGAGCAAUUGGUGCACAAGUUUGUGACCGAAGCGGAACAGGUGGCCGAACAGGCGGUCAUUAAGUUAUGUACUGAGGCCUGGCAUGUCUGUCACUUCAACGCACUGCCCAAAUGGCUUCAGGACAACGACUUCUUGCACAGAGGACACAGACCACCCCUACCAUCGUUUUGGGUCUGUUUUAAGUCUAUCUUUAGACUGCACACAGAAACUGGUAAUAUAUGGACCCAUGGAUUGGGUGCCGUCCUCUUUCUUUGUCUGUUUGUCUAUACGUUUAUAACAUUCAAAGAUCACUAUACAUAUGUUGACCGUCUAAUGCUGGCCAUCUAUUUUUGCGGUGCCAUUACAUGUCUGUCAUUUUCAACUGUAUUUCAUACAUGUAGUUGUCAUUCCCGCGAAGUGUCCAAAUUUUGUUCAAAACUGGACUAUUGCGGUAUAUCCAUACAGAUUAUCGGAUCAAUGAUUCCCGCUCUCUAUUAUGGCUUUUAUGACAACCACGCCAUGUAUUUAACUUAUAUAACAUUUGGCGUAAUAUUGUGUAUCAUAUCGAUUGUGAUAUCAUUAUGGGAUAAGUUUGGAGAACCAAAGUUCCGUCCCUUACGUACGGCAGUCUUCUUGGCUUUUGGUCUCUCAAAUGUCAUUCCAGGCAUUCAUUGGUUUAUUGUCUUGGAUUCCCAUUUAUUCAGUUCAUUCCUGCUAUUCAUACUCCAGGGUCUCCUAUAUAUAAUCGGUGCGCUCUUAUAUGUUGUCCGAAUACCCGAACGAUUUUUCCCGGGAAAGUGUGACUAUUGGUUUCAAUCGCACCAAUUAUUUCAUAUAUUGGUCGUAUUGGCCGCAAUUGUCCACUUAAAUGGCAUCAAUGGUAUGGUUGAGAUGAGACUUAACGUCAAUCAACUUUCAAUCUAAUUCUUGAUAAUAAUAGAAAUAUUAUUUUGAAAUUACUUUUUAAUUUAUUAGUUUUUAUUGUUAUAAUAAUUAUAGUCAUUUUACUGUAUUUACUAUACUAUACUUUAUGUAUACUUAAAGCGCAUAGAAAACACACAAUGUAUUACCAAUUGCUUGAAAAAUGUAAACUCGUUUUUAGACAUGAAUUGGUGCCUUUGUUUGUUAGAUUUUUAAAUAUAUAUUUAUAACAUAUAAUACAUCUUAUA